GCCCGCACCAGGUGCCCGGGCGGGUCGAGCGGCGGGCAGCUCUGGGCCCCGAGCGGGGAGCUGGCGGUCACCAUGGCCAUGCGGGAGCUGGUGGAGGCCGAGUGCGGGGGCGCCAACCCGCUCAUGAAGCUGGCGGGACACUUCACGCAGGACAAGGCCCUGCGGCAGGAGGGGCUGAGGCCUGGGCCCUGGCCCCCGGGAGCCCCCGUCUCCUCCUCUGAGGUUUCCAAGCCUUUGGGAGUGGCCUCCGAAGAUGAGUUGGUAGCCGAAUUCCUGCAGGACCAGAAUGCCCCGCUGGUGUCCCGUGCCCCCCAGACCUUCAAGAUGGACGACCUGCUGGCAGAGAUGCAGGAAAUUGAACAGUCCAACUUGCGCCAGGCCCCACAGCGAGCCCCAGGUGUGGCCGACUUGGCCUUAUCUGAGAACUGGGCGCAGGAGUUUCUCGCGGCGGGCGAUGCUGUGGAUGUAAGUCAGGAUUACAACGAGACCGACUGGUCCCAGGAGUUCAUUGCGGAGGUUACAGACCCCUUGUCUGUGUCUCCUGCCCGCUGGGCUGAGGAGUACCUGGAGCAGUCCGAGGAGAAGCUGUGGCUGGGGGAGCCUGAGGGAGCAGCUGCGGCCGACCGGUGGCAUGAUGAGUAUCAUCCUGAGGAGGAUCUGCAGCACACAGCCAGUGACUUUGUGGCCAAGGUGGAUGAUCCCAAGUUGGCUAACUCGGAGUUCCUGAAAUUCGUGCGGCAGAUUGGCGAGGGCCAGGUGUCCCUGGAGUCGGUGGCAGGGUCGGGCCGAGCUCAGGCAGAACAGUGGGCAGCAGAGUUUAUACAGCAGCAGGGCACUUCAGAUGCCUGGGUUGACCAGUUUGCAAGACCGGUGAACAACUCUGCCCUCGACAUGGAGUUUGAACGAGCGAAGUCAGCCAUAGAGUCUGAUGUCGAUUUCUGGGACAAGUUGCAGGCAGAGUUGGAGGAGAUGGCCAAACGGGAUGCGGAGGCUCACCCCUGGCUCUCUGACUACGAUGACCUCACUUCUGCCUCCUACGAUAAGGGCUACCAGUUCGAGGAGGACAAUCCCCUGCGUGAUCACCCCCAGCCUUUUGAGGAAGGGCUGCGCCGGCUCCAGGAAGGGGACCUGCCCAAUGCCGUGCUGCUCUUCGAGGCUGCCGUGCAGCAGGAUCCCAAGCACAUGGAAGCUUGGCAGUAUCUGGGCACCACCCAGGCGGAGAAUGAGCAGGAACUGCUAGCCAUCAGUGCCCUGCGGAGGUGCCUGGAGCUGAAGCCAGACAACCGGACAGCACUGAUGGCGCUGGCCGUAAGCUUCACCAACGAGUCCCUCCAGCGACAGGCCUGUGAAACUCUGCGGGACUGGCUGCGCUACACGCCAGCCUAUGCCCACCUGGUGUCGCCUGGUGAAGAAGGCGCUGGUGGGGCCGGCCUGGGUCCCAGCAAGCGCCUCCUGGGAUCUCUGCUGUCUGACUCCUUGUUCCUCGAAGUGAAGGAGCUGUUCCUGGCAGCUGUGCGCCUGGACCCCGCGUCCAUUGACCCUGAUGUGCAGUGUGGUUUGGGGGUGCUCUUCAACCUCAGUGGGGAGUAUGACAAGGCCGUGGACUGCUUCACUGCUGCCCUCAGUGUCCGGCCCGAUGACUAUCUGCUGUGGAAUAAGCUGGGGGCCACCCUGGCCAACGGGAACCAGAGCGAGGAAGCAGUGGCUGCCUACCGCCGGGCCCUGGAGCUGCAGCCUGGCUACAUCCGGUCACGCUAUAACCUGGGCAUCAGCUGCAUCAAUCUCGGGGCUCACCGGGAGGCUGUGGAGCACUUUCUGGAGGCCCUGAACAUGCAGCGGAAAAGCCGAGGCCCCCGGGGGGAAGGGGGCGCCAUGUCGGAGAACAUCUGGAGCACCUUGCGCUUGGCCUUGUCCAUGUUGGGCCAGAGUGAUGCCUAUGGGGCGGCUGACGCCCGGGAUCUGCCUGCCCUCCUGGCGCUAUUUGGCCUGCCCCAGUGACAGUGGGAUGGGGUGCCCUGUGUCUGCCCAGAGGGCUCCCCGCUCUGGAUAGGACUCCGUCCCCCGCAGUGGGCCUGCUGGUGGGGUGGCCGCUAGCUGGGCGACCUCGGGGGCUGCCUCUGUGUGGGGGCGCAGUCUCCACUGGGUAGUUUCCUGUGUGAUCGUGGGGAAGUGAGCUGUGUUGCCCGAGGCCCUUGGUAAUUCAGGGGCCACAUGUCCAGCUACAGAUUUCUCUCUGCUCAUCACGCCCUUUCCUGGUGCUGCAUUUUGGGGGAGGACCCAGUGAUACAGGGAAGCCAUUGUCAUCAGCCACCACUUCUGAUGGGGUCUGCCACAUCUGUCAUGUCUGCCCUUUCCCCUGCUUUCAUUGGAAGUCGGCAACAGUCCAGCGUCCCUGAGCGGCUGGUGUAGGCAGUUCUUCAUCUGUGCAUCUCAUGUUGACGCCAGGGCAGGAUGUGUUGGCAGUUGACUUGUCUCAUGUGUCAAGUUUGGCUGGGUAGGGCCGAGUUGGUUAUUUCUGUCACCGUUGGCGCUCUUGGCCGUGUGUAGAUGCUAUUGAUGAUGCUGAUGCAGUGAAGUGGGAGCGAACACCAUGGGAUCCUGUGCAGCUGCCGGGGUCUGCUGCUCCAGAGAGCAUCUGGACUCGCGCUGCCCAGGGGCACUAGCUGGGGUCGGGUCAGGGACUCUGGUCUUUGGAGGGAGGACUGAGCAAGCGGGGCAGGGAUCACAGUGAAUUCAGAUGAGCAAUGAGUAGGGCCUGAGCCCGACACUCCUUGGUUGGUUCAGAAAUGGUCAUCUUGCCAAAUUGUGAGUAGAGAGGGGGUUCAGUGUCCCCUGAGCCUUUGGUGGUACUUCUUGAACUAUUUCCAGGGGAGAGGGUUGGGAGACCACUUUCCCCCACAUUACCUCCACAGGGUGAAGGCUGAGGGAAGCCGGGCAGCCCCUGGCCGGGCCCCUGCGUGGGGAGACGCCACUGCCGGUCUGGCGCCUGCCACCUUCAGUAGCUAAUGAUCAGAGAGAUUUUGUUUUAAACUACCAUGGGCCCAAAGUUCCAUCCUGAAAUGUAUUUUUCUUUGUAUGAAUACAUGUAAAUGAUUGAAAAAUAAAACUGUAAAAUAUUUGUAUGAAGAAUAAAUGGAACCGUGACUGAAGAA